AUGAAGGACUAUCUGGAACUGUCAUUUUGUAUGCCACAAGCCCUAAACGAAGCCUGUGCACAAAAAGCAAACCCUAUUAUUGUUAAUGAUCACUUUAACAAACUUCAAAAGAUAAUUCAAGAGUAUUCACUUACUCCUGACAAAAUUUGGAACAUGGUCAUAGCUAAAAAGGGUGCCUAUCAAGUCUAUCAAGUUUCAAAUGGCAGUUCUCAUGAACAUAUUUCCGUAUGUCCUACCAUCUCAGCUGCUGGAACUUACAUCCCACCAUUGAUUAUUUAUAAGGGAAAGCGAAUGAUCCCAGGCCUUCUAGACAGUGCUCCUGCUGGUUCUGUCAUGGGGUUUACUGAAAUGGGUUAUAUGCGUGAAAGCCUGUUUCGAAAAUACAUUGAACAUUUUAAUACUUCUAUUCCUCUUGCUCAUCCUGUUUUACUUAUUAUGGAUGGCCACAAAAGUCAUGUCAAUUACACCAGCGUUAACUUUUGUUCUGAAAAUAAUAUUCUUCUUUACACCCUUCCUCCUUAUACUACUCACAUUUUACAGCCAGCCGAAUUACCAUUUGCUACAUUGAAAGGAAUAUAUACUAAGGAGUGUGAUAGGUUUAGAAUUAAUAACGAUGAUAAGCAUGUGACUAAACACACAUUCACUCAGGUUUUAGGACCAUCCUAUAUUGCAACUUACAUACCAACCACAAUAUGCAAUGCUUUCAAAAUUACGGGAAUUUGGCCCUUUAACCCUAGCGCUAUUAGCCUUGACCAUCUAGAUCCCUCAUUGGCAACAGAACAAACCUAUAUUUCAGAAAUUCUUGAGCAACCAACUUCCUCGUCUUCACAAUCUUCUUUAUCUUCACAACCUUCAUCUUCAUAA